UAAAGCGGGGUGCCGCUGUUACCGUUUUGCCCUAUGAUUUUGACUUUAACAAAAUAGCUGAUGAAUUUGAUGGGCUAUUCAUCUCUAAUGGUCCUGGAAACCCUAAUUUGGUUACUGAAACUGUGCGCAAUUUGCGUACUGCAUUGAAUACUUACGAAAGACCUAUUUUUGGCAUCUGUAUGGGCAAUCUAAUAUUAGGGCUUUCCGCAGGCCUUAAAGUUUUCAAAUUGAGGUUUGGAAACCGUGGUCAUAACGUUCCAGCGGUUUCUACAUCCGAUGGAAAGUGUGCCAUCACUUCCCAGAAUCAUGGGUAUGCUCUUGAUGAUAAAAUCAUGCCCGAAGGAUGGACUAAAUACUUCUUUAAUGCUAACGAUGGUUCUAACGAGGGCAUUCGACAUAAAACACUUCCACGGUGGUCAGUUCAAUUCCAUCCUGAGGCCAAAGGGGGUCCCCAGGAUACCGAGUUUCUUUUCGAUGAGUACCUCGACCGCGUUCGAGCCGAUAAGCUUAAACGGGUCGGAACCAGUGUAUUUAUUCCAGAAAUUUCAACC